CGCUUUUUAUCCAAAGCGGCGUACAAUAAAUGCAGGUUUGACAAAAUAGGUAGGAGUUCAAAAGCUUUCGUUGGUUUUUGUAAAAAAUAAAUAAAUAUAUUAAGGGUGGGGACUGGGUCAACAUUAAUCAAAUGUUUUUAUUGGGAGUGGUGAGACUUUCACAGUCAACACUGAUGUCAAAGAUCAGGCGUAAACAAAUUAUACUAUAGGAUAGUAUCAAUACAUGGCUAAGUACAAUGUAAACGUUAAAACUGUCGUUUAAUCCCAAUGAUAGGUAGAUUUCGAAGUAAAGGUGGCCUACACGUCAAACCAAGCUGGCAUUUCAAGAAUCCUUGUGGUUUAAAAAAAGCCUCCUUUUUACAUUGCACAGUUCUUCAGUUUGCUGGCGCUGUUUUGUGAAUGUUAUUGUGACGUCAUAAUUAAUGUCAUAUCGGCCAAUGUGAUGGAGCAACGAGUCGAGAGAUCAAAUCCGUCAGUCUUCGUCAGUUCGUUAGCAGAACCAGUAUACCAGCCAUGAACUCCCCAGUUUAGUUAAGAGGUGGUAAGCAUAACUGACGUUGCACCCGUUAGGGUGAACAAACUGCAUUCCUGCAGUACUUGCAGGUUGCUCUUUAUGUAGUUUAUGCAAUUGUUGUUUUUAACUUUUAUACCUAAAUUGUAUUGCUGCUGAACUAUUUUAUUUUCAAGGGGAGUUCAUCUUUACAGUUAAUUAAACAUAUAGCACAGUAAUUAGUCUGUUCUCAUAAAUGAGGUUGCAUACAUGCACACAAAUUACCUUGGAGGACGAAUGGUUAUUUUCUCAGGUAAUUACUUCAAUGCUUGAUUUGGAGAUUCAAUUUCAUUAUUAAUUUCAUUUAAUUAAUUUCAUUAUCAAUAAAGAUACAUAAAUAAUGAAUUGCAGACUGUUUUGUCUGCAUGCAUUAUUUUAACAGAAAAGCAGAAAUGGAGAACAAGGUCAUUGAGGAUAAGGAUGACUGUAACAAAUGUGAGAAAAUGGUAAGUGUUCAUCGACCUGUCACCUGUUCAAGUGUGUGUGCCUCUUCCUGGCUCCACCCCCACACCUUACACGGCUCGACAGACUUCAGGACCAGGAUAUAAUUUGGGGACUCAUUCACACAACUGCAUUGGUGCUAAACAGAAUGUAAUGAUGCACAUCCCAUUUAAAUAUCCCAUCCCAGCUGGCAGGACAUCUCUCCUAUAAUCUCGUCUUCAUUCCUGUCCUCUCAUUCUCCUUCCUCAUCCUUCCUGGUGAAAGUUUGACGGGAGCACGGGAACCGUGUCCCAGAUGCAGUCUCUGGUCAAGCAGGCCUGUGUGGCGAUGCAGUGCACUAAGCUCCGCUCCCCAGCGUACAGCCUGCAAUCCGAGAUCAUCAAGAAGGCCAUGGAGAACAGGCACCAGAUGCGUCAGGUGAAAUCGGCGCUGGCUCUUCGCUGCACGCUAAACUGCACCACUGUGUUUGCCACACAAGCCUGUUAGAACUGGGGACCUGUUAUAGUGGGUCUGGGUCACCGUAACUCCACCCCCAUGUCCACGCCAGCAGGGCAUGGGUUCAGUGAUACGGACUGUAGCCGCUCCUACUCUAAUCCUGUUUAGAUAAUCACCCUUUGAUUUCUCUGGUGUUUCUGUCCCACCUUGCCUCUUGUCCUUCCUCUUCCUGUAGAAGAUGAAUGUGGCCACGGGCACCACACAGAUGCGAGUACCGGUCAGGCAGGUGACGCCCAUGUUCAACAAUGCUAAGCUCCACCCCCUCAGGUGCAGUGCCCAGUCCGAAGUUGGGAGGAAGAAGGUGGAUAAAACCAAACAGGCUGACCAGGCCAAUGGUGUGAAUGUGGGCACUGCGGCCCAAGUGCAGGUGCCCGGCAGGCAGGUAACAGCCAGGCAGGUGGUGGCGAUGCUGAACAACCCAAAGCUCCUCUCCCUCAAGUGCAGCAUCAUGCCUGACGUCAGGAAGAAAGUGGUAGAGUGUGGCAUCCAGACAGACCAGGCGAGACCAGAGUUCUCCUUUCAUAGGGGUGCCCUUAACACUGUGGUCACAGUGAUCACUGUGUGCAGGCAUCUUAUGCCCAUUGUUUAAACAGACCUGGAUAGAGUUCUGAGCAAUUCUCUGAGUACAUCGCCAGUGAGAGGACUGAAGUCCCUCUAUAGCUGACCUCUUGACCCUUUAACCUGACAGAAAGAGAAGUCAAAGGUCAGCAUCCCUUUGAGGCCCACAGAGGAGGAGGCAAAGAGUGUCUCCAACAAGCCAAAAAUGGCCUGGAGGCGGCUGACACUGCCCAUGUCACCAGAAGUUGCUAUGAAGCACUUCCUUGAGAACUUGACCAGCUUGGAGCAGAAGGAGAUCCUGGACUUCCCUCAGAUUUGGUACCUGGGCCUGGGCGCUGAGAGGAAAAGGGGGGAUGCCAAAGGCAUGCCUGAGAACUCUGAGGAAACCAGCUCCGUCUAUGAUGAUGCGAAGUGCAUCUAUAUCCCGGUACUGCGUGACCACAUUUCCUACCGCUACGAGAUUCUGGAAAAGCUUGGGCAAGGAUCUUUUGGCCUGGUUCUGAAAUGCCUGGACCACAAGACCAAAGAGCUGGUGGCCCUGAAAAUUAUCCACAACCAGAAGAGUGCCAGCCGCAUGGCCCUCAGGGAACUGGAGAUCCUGGAUGUGGUCCGGAAGGAAGACAGCGAGAACUGCUACAACGUUAUCCACAUGAAGGAACACAUGAACUUCCGGAACCAUAUCUGCAUUGUCUUCGAGCUCCAGGGAAUGGACCUGUACAGGCUGAUCAGGAACAACAACUUCCAUGGUUUCACCUUGUCCCAGACACAUCACUAUGCUGCCGCGCUGGUCACCAGCCUGCAGAUGCUCCACAGGAAAAAAAUUAUCCACUGUGACCUCAAGCCGGAGAACAUCCUUCUGUCAGAGAAAAGACAUGGAAACAUCAAGGUGGCCGACUUUGGGUGCAGCUUCUACGAGCACCAGAAAGGGUACACCUAUGUCCAGACACGGUUCUACCGUGCCCCAGAAGUGAUCCUAGGCCUUCCCUUUGGCACAGCCAUUGAUAUGUGGAGUCUGGGCUGUAUCCUGGCUGAGCUCUACACUGGCAACCCACUGUUCUCUGGGACCAAUGAGGCAGAUCAGCUCUCCUGCAUCAUGGAGGUGCUGGGAAUGCCCCCAGAUGACAUUAUUCAGAUGGCACCCAGAAGGAAGGUAUUUUUUGAUUCUGAGGGCCAGCCAAAAAACCUCACAAGAAAGCCAGCUAACUCCAGAGAACUGACCAGCGUUUUGAAGAACGUGGAUUUGCUUUUUUUAGACUUCAUGAGGCGCUGUCUUGUGUACGUGUUGUGUCUGGUCUGCCUUAUCACACUGAAGACAAACCGAUGUUGUGAGUGUCACUGUCAGGUCAAUAGGCCAUUGGUCCUGGAACCCGUGCCCAAGCACACUGACUCUGUGUGUCUGGGGCCAUCCAGGUGGGACCCUUCUCAGCGCAUGACCGCGGAGGAGGCAGCCCAACACCAGUGGCUUCAGAAGCCAAUGGAGACGCUAUGAUGGGCCGCGAAGCGCAUAAGGAGAGGUCCGUCCUUUUUGCCAUCAGGACCCAUGAGGAACCAGAUGCAGGUGCUGAGAACCAAGAGCAGCCUCACUGCCUGCCAGUGGAGAUCUGCUGGGGGGAGGGGGCCAGGUGGGCCGAUCAGGAGGCAGGCUAUGGCUGUUAUUGACCAAUCCGGAAGAUCCAACCACAAAAGUACAGCUCCUGUCUAAAACUGACAAGAAGAAGAGCAGGAAACCAACAUAAACCAGAUAAACUAGGUGAAGCCAAAAUUCUCUACGUUUGUUCAUUCCAAAUUUUUGUCAUUUGGCAGACAUUUUUAACAAAGCAACUUAUAAACAUGGCAAGAAUGCACCUAAAGAGCUAGGUGUAUGUAGGUACGAUCAUAUAAAUACACAAGGCACAUGCCUCAAGACCUACAUCAUAGAGGGAGAGAAAGUUUGGUAUUUUCUUGGUAAAUAUUUUUCUACUUCUUAAAAUAUUACCUCAUAAUGGAAAAGGGCUAUCUUU